CCGAAACGAUCCCAUCGAGAUCGCCGACGUGCCGACGUUCGCCAUCUCUUUCCCUCUAAUCAGCUCGUACUUCGCGGCUAAUUUUCAACUUAAGAAGUGAAAAACAACAAAAUCAAGCAAAUAAUUGAGUAAUUAGAGUCAAAUUGCAAUAAACCCAACUAAGCGACUACUGCUAGUAAAGUGAUUUAAAUAAUAUGCCGAUGAAGUGCCUAAGCUAAUAUCCGCAAAUGUUUUUAUUUGCCAAUCAGUAUCAGUGCCUGUGCUUCAAAAAUCAACAAAACCAACUGAAUCUACGUCGGACUUCUGUAUAAGAUCUAACAAAAUGGCCUCAACACCAAAAGCUAACGGCACCACAGCAAAGACAGCAACCAUAGCCGACGACUAUAUAACCGUUGUGGAAGUCGACGAUCCCACAUCCUCAUCCAAGGACAGCGAUCGUUUGAAGAAGCUAGUCAAGCGGCAGAGCUCCGUGGCCGAGGACUCGUCCUUCAUCACAGUUCUUACAAUAAACGAAAUGGAGCUGCUGCAGCAGCGCCGUCAGGAGGAGCAGUCCCAGGGGAAUCCUUUAACUGCGAUACCGAUCCAAAUGAACGAGGAUCAGGUGGAAGAUGUAACAGUAUUUCGCUUGCCGGGCGAGCGACUUGGCUUCGGGCUGAAGUUCCAGGGCGGCACCCGCAGCACAGAGCUCGUCCAGAAGCUGUACAUCCAGUCCUGUGCCGCCGACAGUCCCGCCUCCAAGGUGACCACCAGUUGGGGAAGCCUCCGCGAGGGCGAUGAGAUCGUCAGCAUUGAUGGGCGGGAUGUGACGGAGAUGACACGCAUCGACUGUGUGCGAGGCCUGAAGGACAAUGUGGCCAUACAGUUGGUAGUGCGUAAUGGACAUGGCCAGAAGCCGCCCAGCGAGGAGGACCCCCAGCAGUUGCAGCAGCUGGAGCAGCUCUCGAUCACCCUAAACGCCCAGCCGCCGCCACCGCCUCCAGUGCCGCCCAGGAAGCUGGUCAGGCGACAAAACUCCAAGGAGAACCAGGCCCAGCUGGUCAUCGAGAAGCCGCUGACUCCGCCGCCAGAUGCGGAGUACUACAUCAACCUCCUCACGGAAUCCAUCAAGGCGGGCUCCGAGUCAGACGACACCGCCAGCACCAUAUCCACAGUAAUUGACAAGUUCUCCAUGGGAUCGAACUACUCUUCCGACAGCAGUCUAAAUGGACACGAGCUGGCCAAGGUCCUGCAACCGUUCACCCUACUGGAGCAGGAGUUCCUACCCUUGGAGCAGCCUCUGGGGCAUCCAAAGUUACUUAUCCCCGGAAACAACUACGAGAAUGUCGAGUUCAAGACCGAGAAGGUGAACGUCUACGAGAAUGUCGUUCUGAAAAGUCCCGAGACGACGCCCACGCCGAAGCCACGAAUCCAACUGGCCACAGUAGAGGCUAAGAAACGAUCCAUCAUACCCAUGCCGCGGAAAAUACCUACUCCCACAAAGCUACCCAUCGAGGUGGCUCCGCCACGAGUUCCCCCAGUGGAGGAGCCCGUGACUCCGACUAACGAAAAGGAUGUUGCUCCCAAACUGGAUUCGCCAAAGACACCCACGAACGGAGUCCCCACGAAAGACUCGCCCGGAAGUGCCACAAAGAUACCAAAAGCCAACUUUUCAAGGGCCAAGACAGAGGGCGAGAUCAAGCUGCACUUGCAACCCGUGAAGCAGCUCUCGCCGCAGGUCAAGUCCCGCAUUCCCGUAGUCACAACUCCUGUCCAAGUCCAAAAGCCGGCGCCCAAGUCACCAUCACCUGGCCCGAAUGGCACCUCACCUGGCUCGAAUAUACCGCGGCUGCUGCAGAAGCAGAAAUCCGAGACGGAUCUCAAGUUGAGUCUUUACCGCAGCAAGUCCAAGGAGUCCAGUCCCAGGCCUCCUCUGCAAAGAGCCAACUCAGCCGAGGCUCCGGAAAGGACCUUCAUCCCUGUCCUGCUCAACGGUAGUGGCUCCAAGAACUCAAACUCCCUGGAGAGCCUGAGCUCAAAUUGCAGCAACAGCAGCAGCAGCAGUGGCCGAUCCCCCAAAGGACCUAAGCCCAAGCCACCAGAGCGGGUGCAGUCCCUGCAAAAGACCCAGAUACCCAAGCUACAGACACUGCCAACGACGCCACCACAACAGCAGCCCAAGCUCACCAUGCAGACCUUUAAGCAGAGUCCUCCGACGCCCAGGACUACGCCGGUGGGAACUCCAUCGCCCACAAGUAACCGGGAGAUUCGCUUCAAGAUUCAAACGUACGAGAGCAAGGAGCAGGACGAGGACAAGCUACCGAGCCUUUUCGACCUGGUCCACAGUCAGGACAAGGACAAGGAAAAUGACUCCCUUAAGAUGCACAACAAUAUCACGGCUCUCCUGGCAGCCGCCGCCGCCGAGGCUGCAGAUCUGUCCCGGGAAUCCCCACCACCCCUGGUGGUUGGCAAAUGCAUGAAGAUUGUGGACGACAACCAGAACACCACCUGCUACUCCAGUUCCAGUAGCGGGGAGGAGGAUGAAGACGACCUGGAUGCCGCCAACCGAGAGUACAUUUGCGAGGAUGGCGAGAAGCUGGGCCCGCCGGAGCUCAUCAAUGGCCCGGGGCCCUCGGAAGCCUACUUCAAUAUGUUCUGGCACUCGAAUAUGCUGCCCACUAUUGGAGAGGUGGAGGAGGAGUUCUCCUCCCUGGAGCCACAGUCCCUGACUAAUGGAAACCUCGUCAAAUCAGAGGAGCCGAAAAAGGUGGCCAAAAUGGAGGCUAGCGCUGGUGGACUGACCCAGCUGACUGACGAUAAGAUUUCUGACCAUGACGUCAACGAAUCGAGAGUGGAGAAACUCAACGAAACCACAACGAACCAGAGCCAGGAGAGCAACUCCUCCAGCAGCACUGUGAGGAGCCAGCGAACCACCACCACCACGCGGGUGACCACCACUAAGACCAGUUCCUCCUCCAGCUCGUCCUCGAGCAGCACAUCCACCCUAAUCCCGGACGUGGCCUUCAAGCUGCAGCCCUACGAGGAGCGGGAAGAUGGUGCGGCGGAGCCAAGCGCCAUCACCACGACCACCGUCCAUGAAGAGCGACGUGUACAGAGCGAGGAGCAGACCCUCAGCGAACUGAGGACCCGGGAUGCUGUGACCGGGAAGGAGCAGCUGGUGACCAGCGCCAACUCCAAGUCCAGCAGCGCCCGCUUCAAGAAGAUCAGCAGCAACGACAACCUGCUCGACCUAGGCGACGAGCAGGAGACGCAGGAGCAGCCGUUGACCGCCACGAUCACCCAGGAGUCGAGCCUGAGGGAGCGACUGGACUGUCCUCGGGAUAACCAGAGUAUCGAGCGCGGUACCCUGACCCUAUCCGAGCGGGGAAAGCAGCUGAGUGCCAGCGAGGGGCUCACCACCUACACGGAGUGCGAGACGAGCGAGAAGGAGUCCUAUUUAGAGGCCCAGCAGGUCCUCAACGGGUCUGAGUCCGCGGACGAUGCCCCGCCCACCUUGGAGCGAGAGCUGAGCGAAACCCUCACUGUGGUGAAGGAUGGCGAGAAACAGGUAACCAGGAAAGUGGAGCAGAGCAAGGACGUGGCCGGAAAGAAGGGCGCGAAGCUCCUUAAAAAAACCGACGAGGAGCGACGGCUCGAGCAGGAAGCCCAAAAGCUGAUCGAGAGUUACCAAAAGGUCAAGAAGGAGGCGGAAAAGCUGUACAAGCUGGAGCUGGCCGACGACGAGCAGGGCUUCGACCUCAGUGCCUUCGAGGAUGCAUCGGUGGAGUCUCAGGCUCCAGAGGAGGUAAAGGAAGCAACCAAAGGGGAAGCUCAGCUCCUGGAGGAAGUCCAGGAGACCAUUGUUCAGUUCCCAAACGAAGCUUCCAAAGAAGUUCAGGAGCAAGUUAAGGAGGAGGUUAGGGUCGUACACCAGGAAACCAAGGAAGAGGUUGAAGUCACCCAGAAAAAGGUCGAAAAUGGAGUCGAGCUCAUCCACCAAGAAGUCAAGGAAGAGCGGAAGGUCUCUCACCAGGAACUUAAAGAGCAGAUCAAGGUCCUCCCAAAAGAGUCUCUCCCAGAGGUUCAGACCCAAGUGGAGGUAGUCAAGGAGGAUGUCCAAGUUGUAGAGACCACCAGUCACAAAACCGAAACUCAAGAAUCAACCAACGAAGUCAAGGUCUCCAAACAAGAAGCUAUUGUCUCCCCGAAGGAAAAGGAUGCCCCAGCUCUGAUCUCUCCCAAAAUCGAGGUCCUCUCCCCAGCUGUGGAAGAAGAUCUGGGCUAUGUCCUGCACAAGCACAUUAUAGCACCCAAGGACAACGUGAAGAAGGCUCCAACACCUUUGCCAAAACCAAAGCCCAAGCCACCGGUGCCCACAAACAAACCAAAACUCACAGCUGGGGUGACCAAACCGAAGACAGCGCCGCCUCCAGUGCCCACCAAAAGAACCGAGGUGGCAGGAUCCGGCGGCAAGCCCACUCCCAGCCAGAGACGCAGCAGUCUGGAGAACUCCCAGCCACCCAAGCCUUUGGAGCGGAUAAUUGUGGGCGUGGAGCAGCAGCGGGAGGUGAAGGAGCAGUCUGGGAAGAGUGCGCAGCCAAUCAUUAACUUGGCCAGCGUCGACUUGCCAAAUGUGGCAUCCAGCCAAACCACCGUGGAAACGAGUGCCGUGGUUGAGUUGCCACCGGAUGAACUGGUGCAGCUGGAGAGUCACCAUCUGCCGGAUGACGGCAACCAAGGGGGGCCAAAGGAGUUGCACAAGGAAUCAAAUGGCCUGCUCAGCGGUUCAUCCUCCUCCUCGGUAGCCACACCAAUAUCCACGCCAACUCUGGUGUCGGCCACAUCAUCGAUGGACUCGGUGCAAAGUGUCAUCGAGGUCGUCAACGGCAGCCAUCAGACGACCGACGAGGAUGAUGAUGAUGACAAUGAUGAGAAUGCGGUUGCAGCCAGGGAUGAUGAAGUGCUUUUGCAGGCCGAAGGACCAAAGGAGGCCAUCCCCAUCGAGGAGGUGACAAUGUUGUCGCUCAACAGAGAAAAUGAAUCAGAUCUUGGAACCCUGAACAGCCACCAUAGCAACAAAAGCAACAUUGGUGCUACCAGCAACAUCAUCCCAACAGCAGCUAUAAUCCCAACAGCAACUAUAAUCAGCAGCAGCAACAAGAAGGCAGCUGAAGAGACGGCGGUUGCACCACAGAAUCGCAACAAAAUGGAGCUGCUGAGCAGCAGCACAGCAGUUGGAGUUACCACCACGACGACAGCCACGCACCACCUUCACCAGGCCACCACCACGAAACAGCUUCUGGUGCAGGACUACCUGAGCUACGCCUCCCCACCCACAUACUCCCGCCUACCGCCCGAUGGUCAUGAGUUUCCGCCCAACUUUAGUGAGCCACUGAUCAUGCACUCCAGCCACCCCCUCAAAGGCACCACCACCACAGCCACCGCCACAGCCCAGCUGAGCUUUGACAGCCAGCCGGGUAGUACGGCACCACCACUGCCCAAGACGGGUCCCCCGGCCACAGUUCCCCGUAAAGUGUACCGCCAGGAUCUGGUCAUAAAUGUGGAGGCGGCUCCUAGCCCGACCCAGACUACUACUGGUCGGGAUUACCAGAGAUCUCUGAGCGGUGGACCGCCAAGGAAGCCCAGCGAUUGGCGCAAGGAUGAGAAGUCGGAGAAAUCGGUGCGCGACAAGAUUGCCAUGUUCUCCUCAAACAACGAACUGGAUGCCAUACCACCAUCUCCGGCCACAGCUCCAGUGUCCUCGUUCUCGAGGAAACCCAUGAACCGAAGCAGCGAGAACCUACUGGACAGCUGCUCCUCCUCAGCAGCUCCAUCACUGAAAACCCGCGCCAUGAGCGUCGAGAACCUAAAUGAUGUCCAGCGGCAGUACCAGUUGGCCAAGCAGUUGCCCCAGUUGCAUGUUGCCGACUCGAUGUACUCUCUGAACACGGUUACGCCCCCUCAGAGCUACGCCUCCCUGCCCAGGAGGAGUCACGGAGGAUCCUAUUCGGCGUCGGGUGUGGAACGCAGAAUCAGUUUCUCCGGCGAGGGAGGAGAUGCGGCCCACCGCAAGGCAGCCAUUACAAAUAUCCUGGAGCAGCGCCGCAGGAGUUUGUCGAAACUGAGGGGUCUGGUGAUUCCCGAGAGGCCUCAGUUGCUGGAACCCAUCUUGGAUCUCCCGGAAAUCAAGAGCCAGGUCAAAGCAGCCAGCGGAGAGGACAGCACCGACAGUGGCUUGGGCGAGAGCCACCGCAGUAGCAGCAACUCCACCACCACAGCUGGCAACAGGAGCAACCAGUUGGGCUCUGGAAGCGGGUCGACCAGCAGCUAUCGCAGCAUCUUUUCCACAAGUCAGAGGCGUCCUCUGGAACAUCAGCUAUCCCAGCCGCCGGCCAAGCCACCAAGGACUUCGCUGACACCACUGCAUCCCAGGACAGCUACUUUGCCGCCACCACCGCCGCCGCUGGAUCAGGAGAGCGACACCGAUUCGGUGUUCUCCACCACAGCCCGGGUGGCCACUCCCCCAGAGAAGUUCGCCCUGACCAGGACCCUCAGCUCCGAGACGAACACCUCGAUAGCCAGCUCCAACACAUCCACUUUGACCUCGGGAUCCUCGGCAGGAUCACAGGCCAGCUGCAGCUCUUUGGGCAGCACGCCAGCAGUGGACCUGACCCGACGGGUGCUGAAGAACCAGGUGGGCAGUGGCGGGGAGCCUGUGGUGCUUUCCAGCCGUAAGAGCAUUCUCGCCUCGGCCAAGUGCCGCAGUGCCAAGAGCCGCGGCCAGGAGGAGGACAACGACAGCACCGACGGUGAGGCCUGCUCCUUGGCCAACCGCCGAAUGAAGCCCAUCUCCAGCUACAAGCUGCAGCAGCACCAGCAAAUCCAGCUGGGCAAGCAGCAACUGGUGGUGGAUAAGCUGAUCAAUGUGGCCGCCUAUGUGGAGCUCACAUCGGACACGGACGACAGCAGCCGGAGGUCAGACACGCCGGCCAAGAUCAGUGCCAUGUUCAUCGACGAGGAGCGCAAGGCCAGCUUCAAGGGCGAUCCCACCCAGCAGGCUAAGCUGAAGCCCGUGGAGCCCAUCAAGCCCCUACUGCCCCUGCAUGUUCCAUCCCCGAAGCGGGAGCUGCCCAAGCAGCAGACCACCGCGGAGCUGCGGGAGAAGUUCGAGCGAAGUGCCGCCGCUUCCCAAACCCACUCGCCGGUGAUCCACAAAAUUGCCCCGAAGCCUCAUCACGAGCGCUUCUCCUCCCUGGACUCCCUGGCCUCCAGCUCGUCCGGCGUCAGCUCCACUACCCAGAAUGUUAGCACCACCCAGGAAACGGCCACGGAAUUCGGCAGUUUCUCUUCACUUGGCAGCAACCAGAGUCUGAUCACCGCCCAGGAUGUCCAGCAGAUCGUGGAAGAAGCCGAUCCGCCACUGAAGACACCCGAGGCGUUCAUCAUUGUCCUGCAGAGGGAUACUCCCGAGAGCAGCAUCGGAAUCACCCUGGCCGGAGGAUCCGACUACGAGGCUAAGGAAAUUACGAUCCACAAAAUCCUGAGCAACACUCCGGCGGCCAAGGACGGACGCCUGAAGAAGGGAGACCGCAUUCUGGCCGUUAACGGCAUGAGCAUGCGAGGAUUGACGCAUCGCGAGUCCAUUAGUGUCCUUAAGACCCCCCGUCCGGAGGUGGUGCUAGUGGUUACCCGUUCCGAGUCCCUGGUUGUAAAGUCCCUGACCAAGAAGCGUUCCUCUCUGGGAUCGCUCAGUUCCCUUAACGAGAAGCCCACAGAAUUGGACUACGAACGCAAACGAAACUACCACAAGGCCUCCAGAUCCCUGGACCUGGAUCUGGACAUAGUCUCCAACGAAGCGGGCGAGUCCCCAGUGGCCACCACACCCAGCACAGGAUCCGUAAGCCCACAGCAGCCAGCCAGCCUAAGGGAUGAGGAUACGGAGGCAACGAUUGCAGGAAUCCGGGCCAGGAGGCAGUUGUCCCGGGGAGAUGCUGCCAAGCUGAGCACUAGCGAGUUGCUGGAGCGGGCGGCGGAGGCGAGGAAUGCCAUUGCCGCGGAAAUACGGGCACAAGCUGAAGAUGCGGUGGCCAAUGGAGGAGGUUCCCGGUGCGUGGAAAUUGUCAAGGACAGCUGUGGCCUGGGCUUCUCCAUUGAAGGCGGUUUCGACUCGCCACUGGGUAACCGUCCCCUUAUUGUCAAAAAGGUGUUCAUGGGUGGUGCCGCUCAAAAGACCAACCAGGUGCGCAACGGUGACGAAAUCUUGAGCAUUAAUGGUGCCUCCACCUCCCGAAUGACCCGAGUGGAUGCCUGGAACUACAUGAAGCAACUGCCACUGGGCCCGGUCAAGAUUUGUUUUGCUUAAAAGCUAAAGGACAAUCGACGAUGAAGACAAAGCCAACGAAGGGGAAGAAUGCGCCACAAUUUUUGUUAGAAUUAAGCCAACUACUUGGUCUAGCCCCUAAUCCGGUCCAAGGUCCAACCUUGGGGGUCUUGCCAAUCCGAUGGAUCGAGAAGCGAUUGCGAGCGAUUGUUUUGCAUUUAAACGAACCUUUAACUGUAUGCCUAAUUGAUAGAUAUUUAAUUUAAAGUGCAAUUGUUUAAACUCUUACAACAACGUUUUGAUGCCCAUCAUAUACAUACAUACACUAUAAUUGAUCGAUGAUUGUACAUAUAACUAAUCGAGACUAAUUUACGUAUUUAAACUUUUACAAAAAUUAAGGGCCGCCCUCGUGGCAGUGCUAUUUCCUUAUACACACAACUUAUUAAUCCACAAAAUAAUAUGAAAAGUAAAAAAACACAAUUAUAUUUUAUGCCAUAAAUUAUACGGGAACGUUAUACAUGUAU